UUCUCGUUUAGUAAUACAGGCGGAGCGAACAGGGCUCAAAAGAGACAUGACAAUUGAAUCAAUUGGUCUAAGGAAACAGUGGAGAGCUGACUGGCCUCGUGAGCUUCGGGGAAGCAUGCAUCGAGGUUCGCAACAUUAUUUACUCUGUCCCGUCCACCAGGCUUACAGAAACCUCUGAAUUUUAGCACAAGCGUCCAUCACUCCUAAGACAUUACGGACAGAUUGGAAAGCAGGAAACAGUCUGGAUUGAUAUUACCAUUGCAAGAUUAGAACUGGGAGUUGGCCUGCGACAGACUCCCGAGACGCAGCCAACAGGCGCAGACUUACACCGCCAUGGCAUCGGCACUUGUCUUCUCCAUUGCGGCAUCAAUCCUGCUUCAGCCAGUUGCCGGCACAAAUACAGGCACAGUUCAUUGCUCCGACGCCUCUUACCAGCCUGGAAGCGUGUAUUUUUCAGAUCAAUGCUACAAUGACAUCCAGAGCUGUAUCACCAAGCUGGCAGCCAAUGCUUCCGUGGUUGACUGCAACGGCUCCAACAUCAGCAUGCAGCAACAGGCAAACUUGGGAGCCGUAGGUUCAGCCCAGAAUAGUGACAUCAGCGUCUCUUUUAAGAGCAUGGUAGACCUUUGCCUCUUGAGCGGCUCGACAAGCGGAACUUGGGGCUGGAGCGACAACCAGUGGUACUGGCUUUGGACCAGCGGAGCUUGCUACACUUCUAGCGGGGGAUCGGGUACAAUGCCUACAAGGCCUGCCCCUUACUGCUUGCAAGAUCGCGAUUCUUCGCUUCCGGACUGCUACCCUCAACCGAGUCCUGGCGGAGGUCCGUUGAAAGUCUUAAAAACAGCGAAAACUACCAAUGGAUUCAGUUCAUCGGCCAGAGGCUGGAACACAUAUGGAGCUCAAGCCCUGGCCAACGGUUCUACGUUGAUUCCGUCUUUCGCCGGACAAUCUGGUCUAUAUUAUACGCAGAAGUUUGUUGAAACUCAGUGUGGCGUCCUUGCCAACUCUAAGUUCAAGGCUGCUGGCUUCGACAUGUGCAGCCUUGAUUCUGGCUGGCAGUCCUUUGAUGAGGUUGAUGAUAACGGCCGAAUCAUCUACAACGACACUCGAUUUGAUAUGCCCAAGCUUGGCCCGUGGCUCCACAACCAGGAUUUAAAACUCGGCUUAUACAUUACUCCUGGCGUGCCUUGCCAAGCAGCUAAUAAGACCAUUAUAGGCACGGAUAUUACCGUCGGAUCCGUAUUUAACGGAAAUUUCGAUCAGAUUUUGUGCCAGUUUGACUAUAGUAAAGAUGGUGUUCAGCAAUGGCAUGAUUCUGUAGUGAAUCUGUGGGCCUCUUGGGGCGUUGAUAUGAUCAAACUCGACUACGUCACUCCUGGCUCGCCGCAAAACGGCGCCAUGCUGGGAUGCCAGAACUCAGACGCCGUAGUGGCUUACCAAAAGGCCAUUGCGAAGACAGGCAAAGAUAUCCGCUUGAACAUCUCAUGGAAGCUAUGCCGCAACGAAACUUGGUUGCCUGUUUGGAGCAACCUGGCAGAGUCCAUGCGCACUGAUCAAGACAUUAACAACUAUGGCCAUGAGACUUUCUUGGCUUGGUCGGUUGCCCAACGUGCCAUUGACAACUACCGCCAGUACAUUGGCCUCCAAGCUCAGCAAAAUAAACCAAUCACGAUUUACCCCGACAUGGAUAACUUGUUCGCCGCCAACCCGGAGAGAUUAACCGGUGUUAACGAUAGUAUGCGAACUACAGUCAUGAACCACUGGCUAGGCGCAGGGGCAAACUUAAUUCUCGGCAGUGAUCUAACCCAGACGGAUGAUCUUGGUUAUAAGCUGUUGACAAGCUCUCAAUCAACUGCCGCCGCUAAUUUCUUCGCCAAGUAUCCUAUGCAGCCGCGGAAUCCUCGCACUGGAAACAACCUUGCCCAGCAGCUUCAAGCCUGGAUCGGUGGUCCAAGUGAUGAUGGCAAGGAGGCAUAUGUGCUAAUUGCAAACUACGGACCUGAUCAAGGUUCUGGGGGGUUCGGAACAUAUCUCUAUGGACAACAGGCAGUGACUGUGUCUUUAUCUGGUCUUGGUUUGAGCUGUUCUGAGUGGAAGUUCACUGAUGUUUGGUCAGGCAAUUCUACGCAUGUCAAUAACCAAUAUACAGCGUAUCUAACUGAGGGCGAAUCUCAGUUGCUGCAUUUGACAAAGUCAGGUUGAGAGGGAGAAGGAAGGCUAGUGGAAAUAAAAAUAUUAUAUCGCGAAUUUAUUAAAGCUCAAUUUGCUAUUGCCAACGGGCUAAAUUAUCAAAAUGUGCUCUCUGAGCUAAGCGUAGAAGGGUACCACAAAGUAUCCGAGAUUCAGGAAGGCUGGUGACAAGACAAUCAUCCCUAGAUAUAUCAACGGCUCAGCAAACAGGAGAGACAAGCUAGCAACUACAGUUUAGUGUAUGCUAUCCUUUUGAAGAUACUGUCCUGAAGAAAAAAAAAGGUUA